CGCUCGAGACCCGCCUUGAUAUUGAACACUGAAGAAGAAGAGUCAGUAUUGUAAACACAAGGAUAUGGCUGACGAGAGGGGUGGAGGUGAAGACAACGUUAACGACAACAUGGGGAACCAGUUGCAGCUCUUUCCAGAUAAUGAGGAAGAGGAGGAGGAAGAUGACAUGGACACUGAAGACCGAGACAGUGAGGGGGGAGAGAAGCCCAGCACCAUCACCUUUGACCCCAGUCUUCCCACAUCACAUUCUUACCUGGGUUUAGACAUGGAGGAGUUUCACGGCCGUACAGUCCACGAUGAAGACAGCUGUCAGACCAUCCCUGUGCUGCCACACACCGCUGUGAUGCUGGUGCCAGGUCAGACGCUGCCUCUGCAGCUCUUCAGGCCGCAGGAGGUCAGCAUGAUGCGGAGCAUCAUCCAGAAAGACCGCACCUUUGCGGUGCUCGCACACAGUGAUGUAGGUGAGCCGGAGGCAGAGUUUGGGACAACAGCUGAAAUCUAUGCAUACAGAGAAGAGCAGGAAUAUGGCAUUGAAACUGUCAAAGUGAAAGCUGUGGGGAGGCAGAGAUUCAAGGUCCAUGAGAUAAGAACUCAAGCAGAUGGGAUCAGACAAGCCAAAGUACAGAUCCUUCCAGAACGAAUCCUUCCCGAUCCCCUCUCUGCCGUGCAGCUAGCACCCCUCUCCAGGCUCCACAUGCACCCCUCCUCAAAACCCCCGACUCAGAGCUUCAAACCGGCCCAGCGCUGGUGGAAUAACUACCAACAGAGGAAGUUUCACUGUGCCAAUCUGACACCAUGGCCACCCUGGGUCUACGCACUCUAUGACUCUGAGUCGCUCAUGAACAGAGUGAAGAAACAGCUCCAUGAAUGGGACGAGAAUCUGAAGGAUGACUCUCUCCCUACGAACGCCGUAGACUUCUCUUACAGAGUGGCAGCUUGUUUGCCCAUAGACGAUGCUCUGCGGCUCCAGCUGCUGAAGAUCGGCAGUGCCAUCCAGAGACUUCGCUGUGAGCUGGACAUUAUGGACCGGUGCACAUCACUGUGCUGUAAGCAGUGCCAGGACACAGAGAUAACCACAAAAAAUGAGAUCUUCAGGUGAGGACAUCACUACUUUUGCACGUU